UCUGUAUUUUGGCUGCUUCAGUACUUAUGGAUUUCUGUAAACAUUGUUUUUCUCUAAUAUAAGCUUUUAGCUCCUUCUUACCCAAAAAACAAAAAAGAAAAAAAAAGAGGGACUUUAUGUUAAAAAUGCCAGUAGAAAUCACUUUAAUCAUGCUAGCCCCUCAAUAGGGUUGGUGGAGGUGGACUUCAUCCUGCUACGAGUUUGGACAAUGGAAUCUUCGACGUACUUGCGCGCUAGAUAACUUUUCCUAUUCUCCUCUGGUUAAUGCUGUAAGAGGAAAUGCCCGUGUUGCCUCCUUCCAAGAUUCCCCCCACCAACCAAGAUUGGAACGCAGCUUUCUAUAUAAUAUAGGAUUAUAAUUGGCAGCGAGCAAGUAGCUAGAGUUGAUCAAACUUUGGAUUUCUUUGCCUGAAAAAGAUUGAACCCAGGAUUUCAUUUAAUAUCUGUGUGUUUCCAAACUGAUACUUCGUAGUCUUUAAUGGGUUGCAGGUUCAGUAAGACCCCGGUCGUCGUAAGCUCGAGCAACAUCGAUGUCAGAGCGCGUCAUGAGGAGACCUACCGGCUCCUAGCGGAGCUCCGAUCAAUUGACAUCGCUUCCUGGCCACCACCUGCUCUCAUGCUCGACGAGUACUCGAGCCUCGUCGGUACACCCGAGCUCAAGGAGGCAACCUCAAAGAACCCUGCCCUCCUCUCCUUUAUAAAUGACCACAUCGACCAUACCAUCAACACACUGAGGUCUCUCAACGGUGUCAAAGGCCAUCUCGACAAGGCCCAAGUCAUUUUAUCUACCAUCCGCAGGGCUCUCGAGUGCUUCGAGAAGGACAAUGCCAAGGGAAAUGACAAGAAGAAGAAGAAGAAGAAGAGCGCCAAGAAGUAUUCGAAGGGGAUCGACAAGUUGAUCAAGGAGACGAGGGCGGUAGGAAAGCCGUUUGUUGGGCUGAACACCGACAAGCUACGGUCGGCUUGCGAGAGGCUGCGGGCGCUGCUGGCCGCGCUGCAUCGAGGGGAUCAGGUGCUCGAGAAGAGGCGGACAUCGGUCAAGAAGUGCAAGAAGGCUUGGCAUAUAAUCUACAUGGCAGGGACCGUGGCGGUCUUAGCCUGCUCCGUGAUACUCGCGGCGGUGGCGGCGCCGGCUGCCGCGAUCGCAGGAAUCACAGCAUCCGCCACCGCCAUGAACGCUGUGGAGCCGUGGAUCAACUCGUUGUGGGAUGGCAGGGAGGGGUCGUUGCAGGACCGGAAGGAUAUCAUAGCGGCGAUGCAAAGAAAAAGUGGGCUCCUGGUGCGUGAAUUGGAGACCGUAUGUUCGAUUAUCGAGAACUUAAAGAUCGACAUGGAUGUGGUGUUAAAAGUUGUGGACUCUGCAAUCAGCGGGGAGGAGGAUGGGGAGAAGAUUGGGAUUGAGAAUAUUAUGGCAAAGACGGGGGAGCUUGGGUUGCGUAUCGACAGCUUGAACGAGAAGUUGGAUUUGCUUGGUGGUGGGAUUAGGAAGGAGACUGCCGAGCUGUUGGAGAUCAUCUUGAAGACACCUAGGUUUCAGUCCAACUGCGUGUUUUGCACCACAUAAAGCGGCACAAUUCUGGGUGGCUACCACACAAUCUGAUCAUGGAGAUGCACAGCUAUCAAAUAGAGCAAGGCAUAUUUAAUAGUUGUCCAUCUCCAUGAAUAGAUGACGUGGUGUUCAUCCAGAAUUGUACCUCUCUUUAUGGUGCAACUCCACAAAGGUUCCGAACUCCUAGGUUUUCAGUUGUUUCCUCCUGUUUUUCUUAUUUCUCCUUUUUAAUCCUUGUUUGUUUUUUAAUUGUGUGUGCAAGAAUAACCAUGACGUGGAUGGAGCAUGGUGUAGUUGAUAGUUGUCCAUCUCCGUGAAUGGAUGGCGUGCAUCUAGAAUUGUACUGUUCUUUGU